ACUGGCACCAUCAUUGACUGACAUCCAGGAACACCGUCACGGUCCUGAUGCCUCAGUUCCCCAGCUCGUACUGCAAAUACAGCCGCCCCCAUCCGUACCGAAACUUUCACUACGGCGGCUGAAACACCGGAAGUGGAUGCCCACGUGACCCACCCGAUCCCCACACGGCCAUGGACCACGGCUCUCCCUCGACAUUUUUAUGAAAGCAUCCGACAGCUAUAUCGGCUUUUCCAUGCUCCUCGCCGCCCUGAAACGUUCCUAAUCCGAUGCGGACCUGGGUGAUGGUCAACCGCCGCAAUGCUUCCACACCUACGACCUAAUCCUGCCCUGCCCCGGAUAUCCGCGGCCCUUCUACGUCCGAGCCUUCCCCGCACGACCCAACUAGCACGCUGCUAUGCUACCCAGACCGGAGGAUCGGGGGCACCGAAACGGAGAAACGUCACGAUCUUGUCGGAUGAUGGACGCUACGAGUGGGGAGAGCUGAGCGGGAGGGAGAAGGUUGCGCGCGCGACGCAGCAAUCGCUCAACUUUGUUGUUAUUGUCGCGGGUGCCGUUUUGACGGGUGGAGUUUUCUAUCUGCUGUAUACGGAGGUCUUCUCUCCGAACAGCAAGACCUGGCAGUUUGAAAAAGCUGUCGAGCGCAUCAAGGACGACACGCGCUGUACGGAUCUUCUUGGUGACCGGAGGGAGAUCAAGUUCUAUGGCGAUAAUACCUGGAGCAGAUGGGCGCGGAGCCGCCCUAUCGCGACUUCUAUAUAUCAGGACCGGUUGGGUCGCGAACACCUGAAGAUGAACUUUCAUGUCGAGGGUCCCCUUAACUCCGGUACCGUUUUCGUGCACAUGAUGAAGCCAUUGGACCACAACGAAUGGGAAUAUCAGCUUCUUGCUUUGGAGGUGCCGGGACAUUCCCGAGUUGUCCUAGAACAAGCUCGCGAGAAACCCGGAGUCGGACAGGCGCUCAAAAUCUUCGGCAUACGGUGGCGGUAGAUUGGUGCGGGUUGCCGAUUCUUUAACUGCAUUAUGCAGUCGCGGGUUACCAGUCAUUGAAAGAAACCGGUAUAUUUAGGACGAGCUGCGCAUGGAUGUGAAGAUCACAUCCCCUUGGUAUAUUUCACUAGCAUGUUAUACUGGUGGCUUAUAGCUGUGUGCGUCCGAAGGCUAAUAAUUGGAAGCUCAAGCCCAUCCUUAAUCUGCACCGGGUAGGUUGCGGUUAAGCACUCCAAACAUUGUAUUAUUAAACUGCUACGAGUGUAGAGUAUACCUACUAUAUAAAACAUCGAGAACAACGCAGGAACAAGACAAAAAAAAAC